UGGAGGCGGGGCUUAUCCCGGAAGCGGAAGCGCGGCACCCGCUAGGCUUUUCUGGGGAUGCCGCCGCCCUGGAGCCCGCUGAGAUCCUCGGGCCGGGCUGGCGGCGGCGCGGCUUCUGCCUGAGUCGCUCAGUGUCUGUGCUGCACCUGGAAGACUCCAGUGAGAACUGGAGUGUGACCAGCUCCAGAGGAAAGGAGUUGUUGUUUCCAUUCCAUGGAUCCCUUGGGUGCUCCUUCCCAGUUUGUGGAUGUCGACAGUCUGCCAGGCUGGUCUGACGCCUAUGAGGCAAAACAGCUGGAUUCUCACCAAAAUUCUGUUGAAAAAGCUCAAGUUGAUGUUAGAUCACCUUUUCCAUACAGAAAAGACAUCAAUGAGAAAAUAAUCUUAUGGAAAGGAGAUGUAGCAUUACUGAACUGCACGGCUAUAGUAAAUACCAGUAAUGAGUCUCUCACUGAUAAGAAUCCAGUAUCUGAAAGUAUAUUCUUGCAUGCUGGGCCUGACCUAAGGGAUGAACUGCAGAAGCUCAAAGGGUGCAGGACAGGCGAGGCGAAACUCACCAAAGGAUUUAAUUUGGCUGCGCGUUUCAUCAUUCACACUGUGGGACCUAAAUACAAAAGCCGUUAUCGCACAGCCGCUGAGAGUUCUCUAUACAGCUGUUACCGCAAUGUUUUGCAGCUCGCAAAGGAACAGGCAAUGUGCUCUGUAGGAUUUUGUGUCAUUAACUCUGUGAAAAGAUGCUACCCCUUGGAGGAUGCAACCCACAUAGCACUGCGCACAGUUAGAAGAUUCCUGGAGGUUCAUGGGGAGACUCUGGAGAAGGUGGUUUUUGCAGUCUCUGAGCUUGAAGAGGCCACUUACCAGAAACUGCUGCCUCUGUAUUUUCCAAGAUCGUUGGAAGAAGAGAUACAAUCCUUACCUUACCUCCCUGCAGAUAUUGGCAAUGCAGAAGGGGAGCCUGUAGUACCAGAGCGGCAGAUCAGGAUUACUGAAAAGCCAGGUGUUCCAGAUGAUGCUUCAGAUGAAGAGGGUCUGGAGGCAGAUUUGUCUUUCAUUGGUUCUCAUGCUUUUGCCCGCAUGGAGGGAGAUGUUGAUAAACAGAGACGCCUCAUCCUUCAGGGACAGUUGUCAGAGGCAGCACUGCAAAAGCAGCAUCAGAGGAAUUAUAAUCGCUGGCUGUGUCAGGCAAGAGCUGAAGAUCUCUCUGAUAUUGCUUCUCUCAAAGCCUUGUACCAGACAGGUGUGGAUAACUGUGGUCGCACAGUGAUGGUGGUGGUAGGAAGGAAUAUCCCUGUAACAUUAAUAGACAUGGAAAAGGCUCUUCUGUAUUUCAUCCAUGUCAUGGAUCAUAUUGCAGUGAAGGAAUAUGUCCUGGUGUACUUCCAUACGCUCACAAAUGAUUACAAUCAACUAGAUUCUAAUUUCUUGAAGAAGCUCUAUGAUGUUGUUGAUGCCAAGUACAAGAGGAACUUGAAGGCACUGUAUUUUGUCCACCCAACAUUUCGUUCAAAGGUCUCGGCAUGGUUUUUCACAACUUUUACAGUCUCAGGGCUAAAGGACAAAAUCCACUAUGUGGAAAGCCUUCAGCAGUUAUUUGCAGCCAUACCCCCAGAACAGAUUGAUCUUCCCCCUUUCGUCCUCGAGUAUGAUGCCAGGGAAAAUGGGCCUUACUAUUCUUAUUAUCCUCCAUCCCCUGACUUGUGAUCUGCAGUCCUGUGAUGAUGCUGGUUUCCCAUGGAUCCAAUGACCUGAUGCCUGCCAAAACCUCUGCAUUUGCCCAUGUACAGAAUUCAGAGAGAGGGUUUUCCUCCCCCAGCUCUGGUAUUUUUUUACUGAUAAGAUAUUUUCAAGCACUCAAGCAAUCAGAGAACUUUAUGCCACUGUGAACUGUACAACUAUUUCAAAUAUAUUUAUCCAGCAGAAAAGUUGAUUUAAAGAUCAUGAGGUACAUUUUUGUUUUGAGGGGUUUUUUUUUUUGAAGCUGUUACAUUUAUUUCUGAACAGACUUUUUUUUUUUCUGGGAAGUCCAUCAAAAGCACCUGAUCAUGUUGUUUUAACUAUUACCAUUUUCCAGCUCCAUUUAUAAUACCCAUUUUCAACUGCUCUGUACAAAUAUCGUGCAGUACCAACCUGAUGCAUUGCCCAUCAUAUGGUCUGUGUUUCAUAUUGAUUACUUUCUCUUUCUGUUAGUGCUGAUUACUUUGCUCUUGACCCAGCAGAAGUAUCUGGAAUUGGGAAUGCCGUGUCUGCAGGCUGAUCAAAGCAUUACAGCCAAGCCAAGAUUACUGUGAGACUUAGUACCAUAAAUGCUAGGUGAGCUGGGAGCCUUGAUAAAGUCCCUGUCGGUUUUCAUUGGACAAUGUAACAUGUCAGGAUGCUACUGCCCUCCCAGUAAGAAUAAAAUUGAAAAGCGUUUGUGUUUUCUUUUCUCUAACUAUAGUUGUUUACGUUCUCUUGACAUGGCCAGAUGUGUUUGCAUGAUAAAUCAAGGCCUUGUGUGUGUAUGGAGGGGGGGAUAAUGGUGACUCCAACCGCUGAUGGCAGAGAUUCUCUUAGAUAUCGGUGUUCCUUUUAUUUCCUGUUACACUGACAGUCCCUGAUUUUGACAGAUGAGAUACACGUAAGAUGGCUCAGCCACAGGAUACUCGUGGAACUAGAGGUAAAAAGCUUUCCAGCCUGCCAAUAGAAAACUAGAAGAGGAGAGAUGGCUCCCUUGUAAAACAUAGUCGGGACUGGCAGUCAUAAAUAGAGAAGGAUGGCAUCCCCGGUAGGAAGAAUGUUACACCAGUACUGAAUAUGACGGUGAUAAUAUGGUUUUCAUUCUGGCUGGUUUCCUGCUCUGAUUUGUACCUGCUCUGCUACUCUGCUUACCAACAGGUUCCCUUGCUCCACCACUUCUGGAGUAACUAUCUUUUGUAAGGAUAAGCAAGAGUCAUUGUGAGAUGUUUUAGAAGAUUGUUAUUCAUUUCCAUUGAGUUGAUUGGAAAUAGACCUUUCUGCCUCCUGUUUAAAGAUACUGUAAAUUGUUGAGAUAAGCAGGAAAAAAUCCUCUCUUGGUCAUUUAAUUGCAUGUCACAAUUUGUGUUUGCAUCUGAGAGUUGGGGCUUUUGUAAGCAGUGUGGUGAAAAUGGGCCCUACUGAGCUUCCUUUCUUUCCUACAUUGGCCUUCUGGCUUAAUGCGUGUUUAUACUCCACAUAUCCUCAUCGUGUUGGUAUGUCAGUUACAGAUUAACAUAAUCGCUUGCACAUACAACAUAUAAAAAGCAAGUGGUUUUGUUUUUUAAUUGUCCCUCAGGGUCCUUGUGCGAUUCCCGUAUCAGAUCCAAUGUGCUGCUAAAGCUGGAAGCUGUAGCACAAUGGUAAACCACCUUGGUGUUAAGGCUUGGGAGCAAAGCACCUUAUGGUCAGUUCACAUGUGAUUCUUUCAGCACUUUUCUGGUGGGUUUUGAGAAGGAAAUAUCACUAGUCUGUACUGAGCAGCUACCACCUGUCCCUGCCUCCACUUUUCACCUAGCUGUUUACAGCUGCCCUUGUCUAGUGACUUUUAUAGCCAGCAAUGAAUUUUCCAUGCUUCUCUAACAAUUUGUAUAGCUUUCCACCCCCAGUAACCAUCUGCUGUUUUUCACACCCAUGGCUUUUUCAGUGAGGUUCUUGCAAGAGCAGCCAGUGUCCACUUAACAGGCAGAUUAGAGGCGAUUCAGAGCAUAUUGUGAAAACCAAACUCUCAGCUUCACAGUUUUUGGAUGGUUUCUGUCCCUUUAGCUCACAGAUGGCACAGAGUCAUAAAGCACUUCUUUUUAGGACUCAGUCUGCACGUUUUUCGGACCCUAGUCCAGUCAUUUUAAGAAAUUACUUGGCUCAGUGAAGUACGAAUCUGCCUCCAGACUGUUUGCAAAGCGAAAAAGGCAAUCUUGGCACCAUGCAUCUCAUUGUGUAUAUUUUUCCCUUGAAGGACUUGGCUUUAAAAAUUUUUUUUACCCAAGUCUCACAAAUCUCAGUGGUGUAAGACAGACCUGCAUUGUGCUGCAAAGAAUCCUGCAUUUUCCAGUGAGUCCAGAGUUGUGGCAGCUUACCAAUUUCUUUUUAACGGAGACUUUCACAAGUAAUGCACUGGGGGUAGGGAGAGAAAUCAGAUCAGUGAUGUGCUUGGGAUAUUUAUUGCUAUUAAAAUAUUUUAUUCUAAUAUAGAAAACAAACACAUUAAACCAACUGAACUGCAUUUGGUUUAGGCUGAGAUGAACGCUGGCAUGCUCUGAUUAAGGAUGGCUACAAUGCUUUCUUCUUGAAGAGGCCAGGGAGUCAGUCUGUGUUGUAACUCUUGUGUAAGUUUUAACACUUCCACCCAGUGUAGUCACUGCAGAAUUAAAAGAUCUGAUGAAGAUUUUAUUGCCUUGCUGAAAGCUAUUUCACACCAUCUCCAGGCUAAAAAGGGGGAGUUUUGUAGGGAAGUCUGUUAGUGUAAUUGUGAGUAUCAUUAACUACUACUGUAAACUCCCUGUGUGAUGUUGAUAGUAGAGCAACUUCGUUGUUGUCAGUAAACU